GGGCGGCGGCCGCAGCGGGCCCGCGCUAUGGCGGCCGAGCGGGGCGGCUGCUCGCUGGACGCGGUGCCGCUGCCGCCCGAGGUGCGCGAGAGCCUGGCGGAACUGGAGCUGGAGUUGUCGGAAGGUGAGAGCGGAGUCGUGGCGGCCGAGCUCCGGGGCGGCGCGGUGCCGGGGCGCGGUGCCUUCGCCGCGGCGCCCGGAGAGGGGCGCGGGAGCCGCUCCGGCCUCGUCCCGCUUCUCGCGGCCGUACCCGGGGAGCGCUGGGGGCUUCGGCCCCGCCGUCUGGCUCUGAGCGCCGCGAGGCCGUGCCGCGGAGCUGUGCCUGAGUGCGGCCCUGCAGCGCCGCUCCCUUUCUCCGCCUCCGCUCGGCGUUGGGCGGUGGUUCGGCGGUGGCCCCGCGCUCCCGGUUGCGCCGCUCCGCUGCCGCUCGGACGCCCCGCGCUGCCCGCCCCGCGGCCCGAAGGAUCGGCGUUGGGGGCUGCUUUUACUGUCCGACCGCAGCCGUUGGACACCGCUGAGGUCUGAGAUCCGAAGCGAUUUGCUUUUCGCCUCGGUGUAGUUCUGUACAGAACUCUUCAACGUGAGAAAGAACUGCCGCGAGGGUGGCAGAGCCCUGGCUGUUCGAGCCCGCCGCUGCCCAGAGGGAUGGGGGAAUCUCCUUCUCUGGAGGUGUUCGGGACUCUCCGGGACGCUUCGUGUGCCGUUCAAUCUAUGGAGGAUGGAUACAAAUUGUGGUGCCCUGUUUCUGGAAGAAGUAAAUUGAUCCUUGCAGACCGUUGGUUGUUUCCCUCUUUCAGAGGCAGGUGAUAUCACUCAGAAAGGCUAUGAAAAGAAAAGAGCAAAGCUGUUAGCACGUUACAUACCACUAAUUCAAGGCAUCUUCCGGAAUGGGAUAUUUUCAUUCCUGAAGGAAACUCUUCUCCAUUGGAGCAACCGUUGUCCCUUCUGGUGCAUCGCUGUGAUACAUCGCUUGGCCUAGGAUCUUCUGGAGCUCUUCUUUCAACAGUGAAAAAGACAGAAUACUCCUCUGGCUGAGAUAGGAGACCCAUUGUGCCACUGUUUGCUUAGGCCAUCCCUGUAUUAAGAAGGUGUGGAUCCAUCCCUGCAAGCAGAAAACAGAGUCCCAGGCACCUCACAAGCCACUGCUGUUGUGUCUAAACAGCAGAAAUCGCAUUCCACAAACUCAAGGGAUGAGCGUUUCCGAUCUGAUGUCCACACUGAAGCAGUUCAGGCAGCUCUUGCAAAAUACAAAGAGAGAAAAAUGCCUAUGCCUUCAAAGAGACGGUCUGUUCUUGUGCACUCUUCAGUAGAAACAUACACACCUCCAGACACAUCGUCAGCAUCAGAAGAUGAGGGCUCGUUGCGUCGGCAAGGGCGGAUCACCUCCACUCGGUUCCAGAGCCAUUCCAACGUAGAGCCCUGGCUUAACCGGGUUAUACAGGGCUCGUCCACCUCAUCCUCUGCAUCUUCCACCUCAUCUCAUCCAGGAGGGAAACCUGCUGCUGCUUCCAGUACUGCUACUGCCACCGCUGCUGCCACGGUGCUUGCAGAUCUCAUGGCACACAUCCAGCUAGUCCUUGGAGAUGACAUCCAGAGCAAGUUAUUCCAUCACCUUUCCAAGUACAGAGGUGAGGCUGCCUGGAUCCUCCCUGUUACCCUGUUUGAAGACUGUGGAGUGACACUGACUUUCUUCCAGUCCUUAGGCACCAUUCUCAUGAAUAACCACUCAGCACCUCCUGAUGUAACCACUGGUCUGUUGGAACACUUGCAUCAUGAGCGUCCACAAGUAGCAUCAGUACGAGGAAUUCCCAAAGGCUACAACAGCAGCAUUUUGGAAACUGGAGAUGGUGUCCCAGUGAAUAGCAGAGUGUCCUCUAAAAUCCAGCAGCUUCUAAAUACCUUGAAAAGACCAAAGCGCCCACCUUUGAAAGAGUUUUUUGUUGAUGAUUUUGAAGAACUACUAGAAGUGCAACAGCCUGACCCAAAUCAACCAAAGCCUGAAGGAAAUCAGAUGAAUGUACUUAAAGGUGAACCUGUCGGUGUGGUGACCAACUGGCCACCUUCUCUGCUGGCAGCCUUGCAACGAUGGGGAACUACGCAGCCAAAAGCCCCUUGUCUUACUGCAUUGGAUACAACUGGGAAAGCUGUUUAUACACUUACCUAUGGCAAACUGUGGAGUCGGAGCUUGAAGUUAGCAUAUACCCUGCUAAACAAGCUAACCAGUAGGAAUGAACCACUGCUAAAGCCUGGAGACCGGGUAGCUCUUGUAUUUCCUAAUAGUGAUCCAGUUAUGUUUAUGGUGGCGUUCUAUGGAUGUCUCCUGGCAGAACUUAUCCCUGUGCCAAUAGAAGUUCCACUAACAAGAAAGGAUGCUGGCAGCCAACAAAUUGGCUUUCUUUUGGGCAGCUGUGGAGUAACGCUAGCUUUAACCACUGAUGCUUGUCAGAAAGGCCUUCCUAAAGCUCAAACGGGUGAGGUGGUUACCUUCAAAGGUUGGCCUCGUCUCAUUUGGUUUGUGAUUGAUGGGAAGCAUCUGGCAAAACCAACUAAGGAUUGGCAUCCACAAUUACGGGAUGCCAGUGCUGAGAUUGCUUAUAUUGAGUACAAAACAAGUAAGGAAGGCAGCACGGUGGGCAUUAGUGUAUCUCAUGCUUCCAUGCUGGCACACUGUCACGCAUUGACUCAGGCAUGUGGGUAUUCAGAAGCUGAAACACUAACAAAUGUGUUGGAUUUCAAAAGAGAUGCUGGCCUUUGGCAUGGAGUAUUAACAAGCGUUAUGAACAGGAUGCACGUCAUCAGUAUUCCCUACGCAUUAAUGAAGGUUAAUCCACUUUCCUGGAUACAGAAAGUCUGCUCAUACAAAGCCCGUGUUGCUGUAGUAAAAUCACGUGAUAUGCACUGGUCACUUUUGGCUCAGAGGGAUCAGAGAGAUGUCAGUCUAAGCUCCUUACGAAUGUUAAUAGUGGCAGAUGGAGCUAAUCCAUGGUCAAUAUCUUCAUGUGAUGCCUUCCUGAAUGUAUUUCAGUCCAGAGGUUUGAGACCUGAGGUAAUCUGCCCCUGUGCUAGUUCCUCAGAGGCACUCACUGUUGCUAUUCGCAGACCUCCAGAACUGGGUGGGCCUCCUCCAGGGAAAGCAGUUUUGUCUAUGAAUUGUCUGAGUUACGGUGUGAUAAGAGUGGAUACAGAAGAGAAGUUGUCUGUUUUAACUGUACAAGAUGUCGGUCAGAUUAUGCCUGGAGCUAAUGUUUGUGUUGUGAAGGUGGAUGGGACUCCUUACCUGUGUAAAGCUGAUGAAGUUGGAGAAAUAUGUGUGAAUUCAGGCGCAACUGGAAUGGCUUAUUUUGGCCUCCUCGGAAUCACCAAAAAUGUGUUUGAGGCCGUUCCAGUGACAGCCAGUGGUGUACCUGUUUCAGAUCAGCCCUUUACAAGAACAGGACUUCUUGGCUUCGUGGGUCCUGACUAUCUGGUGUUUGUGGUAGGAAAAUUGGAUGGCCUAAUAACAGUUAGUGGUCGCAGACAUAAUGCAGAUGAUGUGGUAGCCACAGCACUGGCAGUAGAACCAAUGAAAUUUGUCUACCGGGGAAGGAUAGCAGUUUUUUCUGUGACGGUUUUGCAUGAUGAUCGAAUAGUGCUUGUGGCAGAGCAGCGCCCUGAUGCGUCAGAGGAGGACAGUUUUCAGUGGAUGAGCAGGGUUCUACAGGCAAUUGAUAGCAUUCACCAAGUGGGCGUCUACUGUCUUGCCUUGGUGCCAGCCAACACUUUGCCAAAAGCACCACUUGGAGGAAUUCAUAUUUCAGAAACCAAGCAGCGCUUUUUAGAGGGUGCAUUGCACCCUUGUAAUGUCUUAAUGUGCCCACAUACUUGUGUUACUAACCUGCCUAAGCCUCGACAGAAACAACCGGAUGUUGGUCCUGCCUCAAUGAUAGUGGGAAACCUUGUUGCUGGAAAGAGAAUUGCACAAGCCUCAGGGAGAGAUGUUACCCAGCUGGAGGAUAACGAUCAGGCAAGAAAGUUCCUGUAUUUAGCAGAUGUUCUUCAGUGGCGAGCUCAGACAACUCCAGAUCAUCCCCUCUUCCUGUUGUUAAAUUCCAAGGGCACUGUAGCUAGCGCUGCAUCGUGCAUGCAGUUGCACAAGAGAGCAGAGAGAGUGGCAGUUGCACUAAUGGAGAAGGGACGACUGAAUGUUGGUGACCAUGUAGCCCUGGUUUAUCCUCCAGGAGUAGACUUGAUAGCAACUUUCUAUGGCUGCUUGUAUGCUGGCUGUAUACCUAUCACUGUUCGCCCACCUCAUCCACAGAAUCUUGCUACCACUCUGCCCACUGUAAAAAUGAUCGUAGAGGUCAGUAAGUCUGCAUGUAUACUCACCACACAAGUGAUAACGAAACUGUUGAAAUCCAAGGAAGCUGCAGCAGCUGUAGAUAUUAAGACAUGGCCCACUAUUUUGGAUACAGAUGAUAUGCCUAAAAAGAAACUGGCUAAUAUUUUCAGACCUACAUCUCCAGAUAUGUUGGCAUAUUUGGACUUCAGCGUGUCAACCACUGGUAUAUUAGCAGGAGUAAAGAUGUCACAUGCAGCUACAAGUGCCUUAUGUCGCUCUAUAAAGCUACAGUGUGAGCUGUACCCUUCACGUCAGAUUGCUAUCUGCCUUGACCCCUACUGCGGUCUGGGGUUUGCACUGUGGUGCUUGUGCAGUGUAUAUUCGGGUCAUCAGUCCAUUCUUGUCCCUCCUCUGGAGCUGGAGAGCAACGUGUCUCUGUGGCUGUCUGCUGUAAGCCAGUACAAAGUGCGUGUCACUUUCUGUUCUUACUCAGUGAUGGAGAUGUGCACCAAAGGGCUUGGGACACAGACUGAUAUGCUCCGGAUGAAAGGAGUCAAUCUGUCCUGUGUGCGAACAUGCAUGGUGGUUGCAGAGGAGAGACCAAGGAUUGCAUUAACACAGUCUUUCUCCAAGUUAUUCAAAGACCUGGGUCUCUCUGCUCGUGCAGUGAGCACUACGUUUGGAUGCAGGGUCAAUGUAGCAAUUUGCUUACAGCCAAACAGGCUGGGCAAGCUGGCUGAGCAGGGAACAGCAGGACCAGAUCCAACAACAGUCUAUGUAGAUAUGAGAGCACUUCGACAUGACAGGGUACGUUUGGUAGAGAGAGGUUCUCCACACAGUUUGCCACUUAUGGAGUCUGGGAAGAUCCUUCCAGGGGUAAAAGUCAUCAUAGCACACACAGAAACCAAGGGACCUCUGGGAGACUCGCACUUAGGAGAGAUAUGGGUGAGUAGUCCGCACAAUGCUACUGGUUACUAUACAGUGUAUGGAGAAGAAGCACUGCACGCCGAUCACUUUACCGCUCGCUUGAGUUUUGGAGAUACUCAGACCAUAUGGGCUCGGACUGGGUACCUUGGCUUCCUGCGCAGAACUGAACUUACUGAUGCUAGUGGAGAGAGACAUGAUGCCCUGUAUGUAGUAGGCUCUUUGGAUGAAACAUUGGAGCUCAGAGGAAUGAGGUACCACCCCAUUGAUAUAGAGACCUCUGUAAUUAGAGCACAUAAGAGCAUUGCAGAAUGUGCUGUAUUUACAUGGACCAAUUUGCUGGUGGUGGUUGUGGAAUUAGAAGGCUCAGAACAAGAAGCGUUGGACCUGGUUGCACUGGUAACAAAUGUGGUUCUGGAGGAGCAUUAUCUCAUAGUAGGUGUUGUAGUUAUUGUGGACCCAGGUGUUAUUCCCAUCAAUUCCCGUGGUGAAAAACAACGAAUGCACUUGAGAGACGGAUUUUUAGCUGACCAGUUGGAUCCUAUUUAUGUUGCCUACAACAUGUGAAAAAAGGAAAUCACAUCAAGGCUAAAGCACCAAAAUCUCGAUACUGUCUGAAUAGCAUUUGAAUUGAUAUGUUAUGUUUUUAAAACCCGUUGAAGAACUUAAAAAAAAUGGAGAUAUUAAUCUUCACAGACUUUCAUCUCUCAGAUUGUGUUUGCUUUCAUAAAUCCAUUGUAACAGUUAUUGCUGUAUUAGAAUUUACUGGAAUUCUUGAAGGAAGCUUAUUAGAACUAUCAUGGACCAAUUUUUUUGUUGUUUUUGUUUUUUUUUUUACAAUAAUUAUGAAUGUCAGUACUUGAUGCACUGCAUAAAAGGACAUAAGGCAGGGUGGGGAGCAAACACCAGCUGUGACUCUCGGAAAUAAUACGGAAAAUUGUGAGUAACCAGUCUGAGUUACCCCUACGUGUGAUUGUUUGCAAUGUAUUGACAGUAUCUGGGUUGGGGCAUAGCUUUUAAGACUGCAUACAUAUUUACUAUUUUCCCUACUGUACUGAAAGGAAUUUUGCACAUAUCUGAGGUUUAAAAAUGCAGCCUUUGUAUUUUAAAUCACUGACUCAUCCUUAUUCAGAACAAAUUCAUUCCAGUCUCGGAUUCAAUAUAACAAUUAUGCUGCUGCUCGGCUUUUUUGUACCAAGCAAAAACAAAUACUGCAUCUGUAACAAGGUUACUUAGUGUGCCAUGCUGAACUCUGUAAUGCUAUAAACUUUAUAAUAAAAUAUUAAAUUAAUACUCGAUUUUAACUAUUUGAUGCGGGAGCCUUUGCUGCUCUUGCUCUCAUAACUUCACAUUAAAGUUGUUUGUUUUAAUAGCAUUAGCUGUUAAUUGCUGCCCUGCAUAACACCAAUUAUUUAAAAACUCAUUCCAAAGCCAAUAGUCUGAAUCGUUUGUAGAAAUGUUUACAAAGCAUGACCUUACAAUAUGUUUUCCAUUAAUAUCCUUUGCUAAAAUUUACAAUGGUGAUUCUUUUUUUCACUGUGAAAAGAAUACUCAGUGUUAGUUAGGUGGGUCUUUCUUGUUAAGUUCAUCUUCUUAGUUGUAUUUAGACCGACAUUUUGCUCCAGCUGAAAUAGCCAGGCAGCUGAGUCACACUUGGCUAAAAAAGGCUUUGCAGUUUCUGCCUGAUCUAAUACUGCAGUGAACCUAAUUCACAGAGAGAAUGUGAAAUUAUUCAAAUACUUGAUGUAUUUGAGGGUAAGAACGAGAGUAGCAAAUAAUUAUUUUUAUAAAGUUAAUAAAGAGUUUGAGCUCCAUUAAUUUUUUUUUAAUAUAAUGCAUGAGUUUGGCAAAAGAGCCAGGUUUUUCUGCAAGGCAAUUCUGCCUGGAUCAGUGCCUAAGGAAGAUGGAUGUUAGUCUCCUGAUAAGAAAACAUCAAACGACUCUUUGACAAAUGAACAGUAAAUCUCAACAAAAAAGCUUUCAUAUACAGUAGUUCUAUGCCCUCGUGGUGUUUGACUGUGGUGUAUUAUACAGCUGCAUAUGAUGACUGUAAUUAUGUACAGAACCUGUGUAACUUAUUGUCUAAGUACAGCAACCUUUAGCAGUGAGCAAUCCCUGUAACACAACAGCUGGCAAAGAGGAAGAACUACCUAACCCCAAUUUUAAUGUCGUAGUUUUUUAGCAGAUAAAGUAUUGUAAGAUUUUUGUAUUGAUAUGUUUGACAGUGAGACAAGUUGCCUUGUAAGAUUUAAAACAAAAGCACAUUAAACAUUUCAAAACAUCUCUUGAA